AUGACGGAGGUGCGACAGUGGCAUCACGUCCCAUCUAAACAGAACCCUGCGGAUCUCAUAUCAAGAGGUGCUGAUCCGGUCACACUUCAACUGUGUGAACUGUGGUGGAGUGGUCCCCCAUUUCUUCUUCAACCUGUGAUGACUAAGUGCCAAGAUGAUAUCCCUGAGGAGUCCGAAGAACUGUAUCUUCGCGAAUUAAAACCACCAGCAGUAAGUGAAAUAUGCGCACUUAUUAACACUUAUGAGCCAUUAGAUGUCAUGAAUAAUUGUUCAUCUUACAACAAAUUGCUAAGAGUAGUGGCUUGGUGCAAGAGAUUCUUGCAUAACACCAGGCAUCCAUUGCAUGCUACACGCGGAACGUUGACAACCAGUGAACUUUCUAGUGCGUUAUUGUGUAUUGUGAAAAACGUUCAAAGGACUUUAUUUGUGACAGAAAUCCAGUGCUUAGAAAAGGGUUCUCCUAUUCCUAAUAGUAGUAAACUAUUGAAUUUGUGUUCAUUUUUAGAUCAUGAAGGAGUACUCAGUGUAAAUUCUAGGUCUGUGCAGCAACAGAUGGCUGACUUACCAGCUGCGAGAGUGACCAUAUCAAGAGUUUUUGCAAAAACAGGACUCGAUUUCUGUGGUCCAUUUCUAGUAAAACAUUUUGUAGGUAGAAGUAAACAGGCCUUGCACUUUGAAAUUGUUAAUGGUUUAACAAGUGCAGCAUUUAUAGCAGCACUUAAACGCUUUAUUGCCAGGCGAGGUAAACCCUCAGAUAUUUUUAGUGAUAAUGGCAGAAAUUUUGUGGGUGCUCAUAGAGAAUUAAGAGCGAUUUUAAAAUCUUUAUUUAAGGAUAAAAGUGAGGAAGAAAUCAAAGGUUAUUUGGCUACUGAAGGCAUAAAUUGGCAUUUUAAUCCUCCCUCUAUUCUUUUAAUCCUCACUUUGGAGGUUUAUGGAAAGCUAGUGUGA